AUGUUUACGAUUCCCUCAACAACCUCUUCAAAUCCUUCCGAUUUCAUUCCACAGUCACAACUCUCGGAAAGUCAACGUCUUAGCUUGCCAAACAAAUCAAAACCUUCGCAAAUCCUCACCAACGAGCUUGGCAGUAGCAGAGGAACGAGUCCCCCAAAAGGUGUUCCUCGCAAAUUACCAAGCAAAGAUUUGAAGAAGAAAAUCGCUAUUGUUUCCUUUUUAGGAGCUCUUGGAUUUUUCUUAUCUACAAGGGUUCACUUCUUUGGUGUUCCUUCGAAGGAUCACUGUGCCCAUGCAUUACCGUCCGAAGAGGUUCAGCACAACGGGAAGGCCACCUUGGUGGAGUUUGAUGCAGAAUUGUUUGAAGUAGGUGGGAAUUAG